AUGGCCGGCCCGGAUCUCCUCUGGAUCGACUGCAAUGAGACGCAGUCAGCAAAACGCCAUGAAGUCGCGGCGGCGGCGAGACAGCACGUCAUGCUGAACUACAUCGCGAAGCAACAGCCCGAAGGUCCCACAAGAGAUCGAGAUGCGGGUGGGAAGCCAGCGUCUAGCGAAGAUGAUGAAGACGACGACGAAGAAGACGACUACCCAGCUCCACGAAAAGCCUCCCCAAAAAGACAACCCUCCAACGCAUUGAAAGGUAAAGGCACCCGCAUCAAACGCGGCAUUCCCCUCUCCAACUCCACCAAAAUCCCCCUCACCGCCACCCUCAAACCCGCCCUGCUCAUUCCAGAGGACAAGGAAAUGUACGAAGCCGCGUGGUGGCACUCCCUCAACCUCUGCCAAACGGACCAACGCAACGGCUGGAUCGACGUCUGCCGCGCGCAAUGGGGCCAAGGGUUCUGGGAAUUCGCCAAAGAAGACGGCACGCUGCGCGAGAUUUUUCUGUCGUAUGCCGCGGCCAAGGAGGCGAGCGUCAAGAGCCUCGCGGAUUCGAGGGAGUAUUUCGUGCACAAGGGCCGGGCGAUGAGGUUGGUGGCGAAGGAUCUGCAGCGCGAGGGCAGGGAUUUGAGGAUUGCGGCUGUGGCGACAAUUUGUUUGCUCGCCAAGGCGACGUUUAUCGAGGAGGAGUAUGAGGCGGGCGAGGCGCAUGUGAGGGCUGUGAAGGCGGUGGUGCAGGGGCGGUUGUUUGAGCUGCCGAGUUUCUUGUGGUUGUUUGUUAUUUGGGCGGAUUUGAGACUCACUGGGGUGAGUUCGAGGGCGCCCGCGCUGCCUUUUGCGCUGCAUCCGGAUUUCGAUGGGAAGGUGUUGCCGCAGGGGAUGGUCGAAAGAGCGAGGUUUUUGGGGAGUUGUAAUAUGCUCAGCCUGCCUUCUUCGGCGGGCUUGGAGGAGGAGAGGAUUUCGUUGUUAUUUCAACGAUUGCAUGAGUUGGCGUUGGUGUAUAAUUCGCCCGACGAGACGGAGUGGCCGCCGGUGUGGGUUGUGACCUAUGAGGCUGCUUGGAUGCUUUCGAGUAUGAGGAAUAACGUUCACGCGUCCGACGAAGCGCGAGGAGAAAACGACAGCCCCUACGAUGCCGAGAAGAUCCUCCUGCUCGCUGCGAGCGUUCAGAUGUGGAGCACCGUCUCCCAAUUCGUCCCCCAACCAGGCUUCCUCCGCUACGCCCUCGAACAACUCACUCUCUCCCUCUCGCACCUCACCCCGCAAACAAUCUCCUCCCACUGGGCCACCUGCUCCGCCAAACCCGACUCCCUCCUCUGGGUCCUCUUUAGCGCCUCCGCCGCCGCCGUAAAGCUUACAUUCACAGGCCACCGCUCGCCCUCCUCCCUCCCGCACUGGCUCUGGCUCGCCCUCCAACACACCUGCUCAACCCUCAACCUCACCUCCGCCUCCGCGUUCGAACAGGCUUUGCGCCCGUUCCCUUUCGCGGAUAAUUGGAACGGACGCAUGGCGAGGACGGUGUGGUUGUGGUUGAAGACGGGGUUUGUGUUGGAGGGGAAGAGGGCGGCGAGGAAGACGCCAUUUUUUGCGGAUUUGAGGUUGACGUUUGAUGUGGAGGUUGAUGAGAGGGGGAGGAGGAGGGGGAGUGAUGGGGAGAGGGCGAGUGGGGAGAUGAGGGCGAGGGAGGUGGUGGGGAAGGCUUUUGAGGUGGCGCUUGUGGGACGGGAGGGAGUUGGGAGUUGA